UGGGAUGUAGAAAUGAAAGCUCAAUAACUAGAACUAAUAGCGCAAGCGCUAAUACUACAACAAAGCUUUUAAGCUUUCUUGGUUCUGUUCUCUUUUAUAGAUGAUGGUGGUAGGCACUGUUAUCUAUUUGAAUUAUAAAUAAAAUUAUACUGAUACAUACUUUUACAGAAAAUAAUAAUUUUUUUAAUUUCUUAUUAUAAAAAUUUAAAAGUUAUAAUAUUAUUAAAAUUAAAUAUUAUGUCGAGUUUUUUGGAGCCUUGUGAUGCUGGCUCACCAUCAAUGUCAAAAACUGAGGAUAAUUUGUCAAAUAGUGAAGGCCCUCUUUUAAAAAAAAAUAUUGGACGUAAUCAUACAUCUUCCAGUACGGAUAUAACAACAUUUAAUAAACGUUCAAAAUCUCCAUCACGUUCUGUAUCUCAAGAUCUUUCUUCAUCUUCCAAGUCAUUUGAUAAUGAUAAAAAACGCUAUUGUCUUUGGGCAUUGACAUUAAUUCUUGCAAUGAUAGGUUUUAGUAAUCUUCUUCUAAGUAUAACAAUUAUUUCUGUUUUAAGAGUGUCUCAGGGAAUGGAAUCUCUUGAAAUAAUUUCAAAUGAAAAUCUUGUUAAAUUUUACGGAAAAACUGAUCUUGAUCGGGUUUGCAUUGAUGAAGGUGUAUGCCAAGGGUAUGGAGAUGAGCCAAUGGAAUUGUCUGGUGAUGAUUCGGGUAUACAUUUAAGUGUGAAAAAUCGACGUCAUGAUCAUUCUCGAGGUAAUUUGUGGAUUCUACAAAAUGGUACAACUGUAUCACAAAUUGAAUCAUUUGAGAUAAAAGAUUAUAGAACUGGAGAUGCAUUUUUUUCAACUGAUUUUCCGAAUUUCGGAUUACCUAGCGGUGUUGGAAGAAUAAAUGUUAGAGUAGCACAAACUCACCGGAUUAUUGCACCAAUUAAUGAAACUUUAAAUAUUGAUUCUAAUCGAGAGGUUACAAUGCAUGGAGCUGAAAGUCUUGUUAUGGAUAGUAAAAAAAUAAUUUGGAUGGCUGAUAAUCAAGUACGACUUAAAAGUAACGAUACUAUUGUACUAAAUGCAGCAAAAGGUGUUUAUUUAGACACUAAAAAAAUACCUAUCGUACAAGGUUUUGUGUCAAGCAAUAGUAAUAAUGAUGCAUCUAGUUUAUCACAAUAUAAAGUUUGCGUUUGUAUGCCUGAAGGUAAACUUUUUAGAAUUCAAGUCCCACCUGGCAACCUUAGAGUUAAUUGUGCUCGAGUCAGUAUGUCAUCUGACCAUAAUCCUUGUUUAUAAU